CCCCGCCCCCUCACCCAGGCACUGAGAAACAUGGCGGCUUCGGUGGUUCUGGAGCGGAGCUUUACCGAGCUGACGGGAGUCGAGUGGGGAUUUCAGAGGAACUUCCGAGACGUGACUAUCCGCCCCGAUGUCAGUCCUGUUAUUGGAGGCCCGAAGUACAGUGAGAGUGCUGGAGGCUACUGUUAUAAAGAAAGUGGUAGCCUCCUGUCAGCAACAAGAAACCGGUUCCUCCACUGGACAUCCUACGAUGACACAUUGGAGCUGGUGGAAGAGUCUCUGGAUAUAAAUCUCUUGAACAAUGCCAUUCGACUCAAGAUACUGAACUGCUGUAUAUUACCUGGAGGCGUGCAUGUCUGUGAAACGCACAGCAAUAUGAUCAUCAUGAUCGUAACAAACCAGACGGUUCAUCGGCUUACCCUGUCACAUCCUUCCCGCAUGUACCGUGGUGAAAUAAUUACAGAAAGCCAGAUGCAGUCUAUAUUCACAGACAUUGGAAAGGGGAGUUUUGGGGAUCCGUCUAACAGUUAUGUGAUUCCUGCUAUUCCUGGCCGUGCCCAGAGCUCUUCUGCUUCUACAGCAUGGCUGAGCAGCGACGGGGAGGCCCUCUUUGCUUUUCCUUCAACUUCCGGGGGCAUCUUUGUCAUAAAAAUGCCUCCAUACGAUGUUGAAGGAUUGGUGACUACCCAGGAGCUGAAGCAAACUUCAGUAAUGCAGCGAUUCCUGACUGGUUGGAUGCCCACUUCUAUACGAGGAGACCAAGGUCCAGCCCACCUUCCAGUAAGUCUUGCGGUUCACUGCCUUGAACAUGAUGCUUUCCUCUUCGCUUUGUGUCAGGAUCAUAAGCUCCGCAUGUGGUCCUACAAGGACCAGAUGUGUCUUAUGGUAGCUGAUAUGCUUGAAUUUGUUCCGGUCACUAAAGAUCUCCGGCAAACAGCUGGAACUGGCCACAGACUAAGGCUAGCACACUCUACUUCGCUAGGAUUGUACCUUGGAGUCUAUUUGCACUCUCCCAAGCAAGGACAGUUUUGCAUCUUCCAGUUGGUAUCUGCUGAAAGCAACCGCUACAGCUUGGAUCACGUUUCAUCGAUAUUCGCAAACAAGGAAACUCUGGUUGAUUUUACUUUCACUCUGACAUCUACUGACAUUUGGGCCUUGUGGCUCGAUGAAGAAAACCAAACAACUGUCAAACAUAUUAAUUUUGAACAUAACCAAGCUGGCCAGUGGAACCAGGUGUUUGUAAAUCCCCUACCAGAGGAAGAGUUAAGUAUUGGAGAUGAACAGGACCCAAGGGAAACUUAUUUUGAGUGCUUGUUUGCCCCUGGACGGUUUACUGCUGGUGCUCUCCUUAAGGCGCUUCAGAUUAUGCAAAGAGGUAGCGGAAAGGUCUUGGAUCAGUCUUGGGAGGGGCUGAAGAAAGAGGUUACAUUGACUGUGGAAAAUGAGCUUCGUAGUAACUUGACAGAGUAUGAGAUGUCACAGGAGGAAUUUCGCCAGCUGCAAGCGGAAUAUUGGUCAAAGUUUUAUACCUGCUGCCUGCAAUACCAGGAAGCACUUUCUCGUCCCCUUGCUCUCCUUGUGCACCCUCACACUGCCAUGGUGUGUCUAAUGAGGAAGGGUUUUCUGUCUUUUCUGGCUCCGAGUCCUUUGGUGGAUCAUCUCUACCUCUUACCCCCUGAGCAGCUGCUUACUGUGGAUGAAAGUGUAAUCUCAGAUGAUAUGGAUGUUGCCAGUGAUACAAUCUCUUUGAUGCAAUGUCUACGUAUGAUUGGCGAUUACAUAUCCCCUGACAUGGCUUUUCUCAUGGAAAGCGCCUGCUGUCACCUACAACCUCCAGAGAGAGUCGCAGAACAGAUCUUGGAGGAUAUGAUCGCAAAUGACAUGGACAAUAUUAUGGAGGACAUUCACAAUAAAUUUCAGGACAUCAGAAACCCUUUUCAGUGCAUUAUGUAUUUGCUUCAAGAGAUGGAUUAUGAAACGUCCAUCAAUAUAGACAAGACAAUAGACUUAGCUCAGCCUCUGAAUGUGCGCAUGAAUCUUUCUAGUCUAUAUGGUAGCAUCACAGCUGCCAGCCUUGUGUGCCAGGCCGUCGGCAAAAUCUCAACAACAAGGUUCAUGAUCUGCCGUGACUUGCUAAUUCUUCAACACCUUUUGCUGAGGAUGGGCGAUAUGGCUUUCGCAGGAGGAGGACAGCUCCUUCAAUCUCAGCAAGACCUUAUACCUCGCACAUCUCAAAUGCUCUUAUCCUAUUACGUGAUUCGCUGGGGCUGUCAGUGUCUGGCUACUUCUGUGCCUGUAGAUAUACUAGAGUCCAACCUACAGCAUUUGUCGGUUUUGGAACUGUCGGAUUCUCCAGCGUUUACACCAGCACACAAAUACGCUUCCAGUCCACAGACUGUUAUUGAACUCUUCUUUCAAGAUGUGGCAAGAAAACGGUUAUCUCACCUGUUUUCUCAUACGGGUAUCACACAGGCACACAGUCCUCUGAGCUGGACCCAGCUAAUCACCGAUAUUACCAAUUACCUUCUAAAGCAUCUAUGGCCUAGUAACCCUGGCUUCCUUUUUCCGGAGUGUUUGAUGAGAAACUUCCAGUACACCCAACUGCAGGAAUAUGUGCAACUCCUGCAGCCGUGGUGUCAGGUGAACGUGGGCUCAUGCCACUUCAUGAUGGGCCAGUGUUACCUGGUCACCGGUGAAGGCCACAAGGCACUUGAAUGCUUCUGUCAGGCUGCUUCUGAAGUGGAACGAGAAGAAUUUUUGGAGAGGUUAAUUCGUGUAGAGGAUGGUGAACCCACAUCUACUCGUCUCCAGUAUUACAACAGGGUGCUGCGUUUGCUGGAGGACAUCGGGCUACCAGAACUUGUGAUACAGUUGUCUACUUUGGCAAUAACUGAAGCAGCUGAUGACUGGAGGAGUCAGGCUGCGCUAAGGACGCGUAUCUUCAAGCAUCACUUGGAUUUGGGACACAACAGCCAAGCGUACGAUGCAUUGACUCAGAUACCGGAUCCUAGCAGGCAGUUGGACUGUUUGCGGCAACUGGUAGUGGUUCUUUGUGAACGCUUGCAACUUCAAGACCUCGUAGAGUUUCCCUACGUAAACCUGCAUAAUGAGGUUGUGGGUAUUAUUGAAUCUCGAGCUCGUGCAGUUGAUCUGAUGACCCACAAUUACUAUGAGCUGUUGUAUGCUUUUCACAUUUAUCGUCAUAACUACCGGAAAGCUGGCAGUGUGAUGUUCGAAUAUGGGAUGCGCCUUGGAAGAGAAGUUCGAAACAGUGAAGGACUACAGAAGCAAGUUAACGCUUACCUGGCGUGUCUGAACUGUCUGAGGCUCGUCCGUCCAAAAUACGCGUGGAUAGUCCAGCCUGCAUCAGGAGCCGUGUAUGAACGAGCUGGGGCAUCCCCCAAAAGGAACCACGACGGAGAGUCUUCCGUUAUUCCAAAAAGCCGCCAGAUUGAUAUCCUGGAGCUGCAGGAUUUGGAAAAGGAAUACGUCCUUGCCCAGACACGCUUGACACUGGCGGUGCGGGACCCUAGCACAGCAGCUGUCGCCGGGAGCGCGUCCGCUGAGGAAAUUGUAUCACUCCUGGUGCAGGCUGGUCUGUUUGAUACGGCCAUCUCCCUCUGUCAGACCUUUAAACUCUCACUCAUGCCUGUCUUCGAAGGCCUUGCUUACAAAUGCAUAAAGUUACAACACAGCGGAGAAGCAGCACAGGUAGAUGCCUGGCAGUGGUUGGCAACCAACCAGUUGUCAACGAUCGUCUCCACCAAGGAAACCAGCGCAACAGAUGAAUCUUGGCGGCUGCUUACAUCCUAUCUGGAAAAAUAUGAGGCACAGAAUGGCCAGUAUCAUCGCUGUAUCAUCAGCAAGCUGCUGGCGCAUGGACUACCUCUACCCAGCUGGUUAAUUAACAGCUACAAGGCGAUUGAUGCGGCAGAGCUUCUCCGUUUGUAUUUGAAUUACGAUCUCUUGGAGGAGGCAGCAGACCUGGUGUUAGAAUACGUAGAUGCCCUCUUGGGUAAAGGUCACCAGUAUUUUCGAAUUGAAAAACCGCUCAGUGCCACGGCCCCGUUGGUUUGGCUUCCUUACUCUGCAAUAGACAAUCUCCUUCAAGCAUUGGCAGAGAACAAAAAUAAUCAACACAACGCAGAUUUGCUUAACAAACUCAACUUAAAGCUGGAUGACUACUUUGAACAUCUGGAUCGCUCCACAAGUCUGCUGUCCGCUAUCCGCCGGAGCUAGCGCAGGGUGCACGAAAAAGGAUCUCCCGCCAGAAGAGAAGAUCUGAUGAUUCUGUUAUCUCAAUCUUGUUUUUUUUGUAUAAAAUUAAAAAUAAAACCCGAAAUAUUUUCUACGA